AUGACUGUGACUGGGGAGCCACGUAAUAUGACAUUUGACGGGAUACGUCUGUCUAGAUCCAUACCGUGUAUAUCCAAGCAGUGUAUAUCCAUACAGUGUAUAUCCAAGCAGUGUAUAUCCACACAGUGUAUAAAGCAGUGUAUAUCCAAGCAGUGUAUUUCCACACAGUGUAUAAAGCAGUGUAUAUCCAUACAGUGUAUAUCCAAGCAGUGUAUAUCCACACAGUGUGUAAAGCAGUGUAUAUCCAAGCAGUGUAUAUCCAAGCAGUGUAUAUCCACCCAGUGUAUAUCCAAGCAGUGUAUAUCCAUACAGUGUAUAUCCAAGCUGUGUAUAUCCACACAGUGUAUAUCCAUACAGUGUAUAUCCAUACAGUGUAUAUCCAAGCAGUGUAUAUCCACACAGUGUAUAUCCAAUCAGUGUAUAUCCACCCAGUGUAUAUCCAAGCAGUGUAUAUCCAAGCAGUGGAUAUCCAUACAGUGUAUAUCCAAGCUGUGUAUAUCCACACAGUGUAUAUCCAUACAGUGUAUAUCCAAACAGUGUAUAUCCACCCAGUGUAUAUCCAAGCUGUGUAUAUCCAAGCAUUGUAUAUCCACCCUGUGUAUAUCCAAGCAGUGUAUAUCCAAGCUGUGUAUAUCCACACAGUGUAUAUCCAUACAGUGUAUAUCCAAGCAGUUUAUAUCCACCCAGUGUAUAUCCAAGCAGUGUAUAUCCACCCAGUGUAUAUCCAAGCAGUGUAUAUCCAUACAGUGUAUAUCCAAGCAGUGUAUAUCCACCCAGUGUAUAUCCAUACAGUGUCUAUCCAAGCAGUGUAUAUCCACCCAGUGUUUAUCCAAGCAGUGUAUAUCCAAGUUGUGUAUAUCCACACAGUGUAUAUCCAUACAGUUUAUAUCCAAGCAGUGUAUAUCCAAGAUGUGUAUAUCCACACAGUGUAUAUCCAUGUAG